AUGACGAUGCUCGCGAUGACGCGAGGCUCAGAGGACAGAAGGGAGCAAGAGGCCGAGGCAGAGUCAGAGGCCAACGGGGAGGUUGACGUUGUAGGGGUAGAAGAGGCCGCGCCAGUGGAUCUUACGAGGCGUUUGGGGCUCACGAGGCCCCCCGACAGGCCUGCGAUUGCAUUUUCCGUGGAAAAUAUAUUGGACCCCACGAAGUUUACCGGCCGGUCCGAAGUGCCGCUGCGGUAUGAUGAGUACUGGAGGCCGCAUUAUGAUCGGGACGAUAGUGAUUCUGUUAAAGACCACCUCCAGCAUUCGGACAUAGAAGCGGACGAUGUUGAAACAGACGACCAAACAUCCAACAUGGACGACGACAUCCUAACGCAGUCAGAUCUGGACGAAAACGGGGACCCCAAGAGUCCAACCAGCUCCGGCUCCAAGAAGAAGAGCGGUUCCUCUAGGGAUUCAAAAGGGGGGACGAAACCUAGAAGGGCGCGCACUGCUUUCACUUACGAGCAACUUGUGUCCCUGGAGAACAAAUUCAAGACUACAAGAUAUCUCUCAGUCUGUGAGAGGCUCAAUCUAGCCCUCAGCCUUAGUUUAACAGAGACACAGGUAAAAAUCUGGUUCCAAAACCGUCGAACGAAGUGGAAAAAGCAAAAUCCAGGACUGGACGUGAACAGCCCGACAGUCCCUCCACCUCCAGCGGGAGCCUUCUCCUCAGGUCCCUACCCAGGGGGCCUUCUAUACUCCCACGGGGUGCCUUACCCCUUCACCGGCCCUGGACCUUACGCCCCGUACUUCCACCAUCUGGCGGCGAACCAUCAUCACAGCCAUGGUCCCCUGGGUCACUCCCACACGUGA